CAAAAAAUAUUGUUUUUAAAGAAAGGUGGAUUCAUCAUGUAAUUAAUCGAUCUAAAUAAUAAGAACUAUUAUUCUAUUAUAUAUACAUUCCCUUCGGUCUAACAGUCUUUUGUGAUAAAUUACGUCUAACGAAAAAUGGAUAUUUUUGCUACACUUUUUCUGGGCUGCGUUUCAGUAUUAUUUGGCAUAAUUUUAACUUUAAGUGUGCAGUAUUAUGUAUUGUAUGUUUAUUUAAAAAAGAGCCCAGUGGCAAAGCCCUCUGUAACGAAAAACUCGACCGACUACAGUUUACCACAGGAUAUAAAGAAAAAAUUAGAAACUGAAGAUUUUAGCGACAGAGGGAAGGGAGAUAGUUUACCAAUUAGUUUAGUAUUACAGUUUUUAUUUCACGAACUGAGACAUUCAGAGUAUAUCAAGAGAUGGCUCUAUAAAAAGUUAAGCCUAGAAUUUGAUGAACUGCUGACAAAAACCACCAUAGGAAAGUUUUUUGAUAGUAUUACUAUUAGAGAUAUGCAUUUAGGAACCGAAUUUCCUGAUAUAAAGGAAAUAACUGUAGAUAAUGUCAAAUUAGACAAAAAAGAAGGAUACAUAGAGACUGUUAGUUUGUGUUUAAGCUUGGAUUAUACAGGAAAUUUUUUAUUAAGUAUCGAUGCAAAAAUGAAGUUUGGAAAAACUGCUUAUCUUUCCAUUAAAGUGAAAAAAAUAAGCGGCAAAGCGAGACUACAGUUUUCGAGACAACCGUAUACCCAUUGGUCUUUCAGCUUUUAUUCUGAUCCUGUUCUGGAUCUACAAGUUGAAUCUCAUUUUCAAGGAAGACAAUUACAGUCCAACAUUACAAAUCUCAUAGUUAAUCAGAUUAAGAAAGCGAUAAAAAGGAAACAUACCCUGCCAAAUUACAAAUUAAGGUAUAAGCCGUUCUUCGUGAAAACGGAUCCAUCUCAGUUGGAUGCAGAAGAUAAUGAGAUAGUUCCCCAAGGUCAACUAGAGGUGACCUGUGUUGAAGUGUCCAGAUUAUCUUUGCCGCCAAUAGUUCAAAAUAUUUAUUGCACCAUGUCAGUAGACAUAAUUCCCUGGAUUUCUCUCUACCAAAGAGACGACAACCUGUACAUGACCCUCGAAAUAACCAUGACGAAGGUACGACAAGCUCAACUAGGCGUAAUUUUUAAACAAGAACAAGGUCUAGUGCUGGUGGACAGCGUGUCACAGCACAGUACUGCUUACAGAUCCGGCCUAAGGCCGAACGACAUCGUGGUGGCCGUGGAGAAUCGCACUGUCCAGACAGUGACGCAAGUAGCCAAGUUCAUCAAGUCGAUUUCGGCAGCUAAUAUAACGUUAAGAGUGGAUAGACUGGCGGAGAAUUAUGUGAUUAAAUCCAAGUAUUCGGAAGAGACUGAAAUGAAGGUAUCGUGUCCUACACCAGAAGUGCCAGAAGAAACUGAACUGAUGCAAACCGAACAAGAUAGCUUUGUCAUGGUGGAAACCCCCAAAGACACAAGAAAGAGAGUGCCUAAAAUAAUUCCAUCGAACGAGAACAUGGCCAAGUUCGCUCAAACUAUAGGAAACUUCAGUUUGAGAAAGAGGAAACCCUCGUUUUCUGAAUCUGGAAGUGCUAAGAACACCCCCACGUCAAGUAACCCCACAACCCCGCAACAUGCUAGCCUUAAACAACAGCAGCAAGCUGCGCAAACUGCGUUUUCCAUUAAGAAAGCCUCAAUUUCUGAGGUACCAGAAAUUACCAGGACUGAUACUGACACAAACUAUACGGAAGUUCCGCUACAUAUAGAUGUACACAAAAGCAAAGAACUUCAAGCCACCACUGUGGUUCAGUUCAACGAAGAUUUUCAAUUUACUUUAAAGGAUUCGUUAAAGCAUUUGAAUAUCAAUGUGUGGGGGACAAUACCCGACGAAAGGGAUGUACUGCUUGGUUAUACGAAUAUUCCGCUGAGCCAUGUCUUAGGGGAGUGUUGUAAUAGUUUUUUAGGUAAUUACAUGCGCUGCUACUCAUUCCUGCCACCGAACAACGUUAUACCGAACAAUCAAACUCACCCCCUUCUUCUGCACUCCGGAUUCGAGCACGUUUUUUGCUACGGAGAUGUUCUAUUGGCGUUCAUAUGGACCCACGACGACGAUAUCGAGUUGAAAAGGAAAAUGUCGGAAAAUAUUUCCCCGGACGACGUAAAAUCCGUGGAAUCGACCGGUGUAAUGCAGCACGAUUUUGUCAGGACGCAGUUCCAUCGGACCACUCACUGUGAUUUUUGUUCUAAGAAGAUUUGGUUAAAGGACGCUGUCCAAUGCAAACAAUGUGGACUAUGCUGUCACAAAAAGUGCAUAGUAAAAUGCCAAAUGAGCAACGGAUGCAACCCUAACCUAAAAGUCGACCAUUCUGCAUCCGAAGGACCGGAAAUUACGAUGACGGAAGUCGGUGAGGACCUGUCAGAAACGAAAUCCCUAGGAAACGGCCUGAAACGCGUUAAUAGUGUUAAUAAUCUAGCUAUACCAGGCUCUCCCUUCAUAGGUUGUACGUCGAGAAGCCUGCCACCGUCACCGCAGCGAACACCGAGCAGGAAGCAAUCUCUGGUGGCGAUCAAUCCGUUCCUAAUGUGCCCCGAGGUCCUAGAGGAAGUCCAGAAGAACCCCGCCGAAGCGUCGGACUGCAUCAACAGACUGCUGGACCAAGUUAUGCAGUGCCCCAAUGAUGAGUCGCUGAUGGACGCGGCCAAGGAGACAGGAAGGCAGAUGUACUCGCAUCUGGCGCACGAGGAGAGAGUGGAGAAGAUCAAUCUGAUGAUGGGCGAACUGAAGAAAAGCCUGGAUUCAGUCACCGUCGAACAUAUGGAGCUGUCGAAACAAAUCGGUUCCGAAGAUUCAGAGGUCGAGAAGGCCAAACUGGCUUUUCUGAUGGGAAAGGCAGAUGCUAAAGUUCACGGACUAUCAGUAUUGAUGCUACAUUACUGCUCCAGUCUUCAACACACCCAGGAAAAGAUCAUUUAGAUCGAAGGACUGUUAUGUAUUCAGGUAUAAACCAAUCGAAGUCAAUAUCCAUUGAUAACUUUUUGUUUGUAUAAAAAUGAAGUAAUCUGGUGAUACUGAUGUACGGAAAGUAAUUAUUAUUUGUCUAAAAUAUUCUCUGUUUGUGUUGACCGUACUAGAAAUUUAUAAUCUUGCAGACAAAAGUCAGUUUUACUUGUGAAUAUGUAUGUUAUUUGGAAAAUGGUCUUUGAAGAAUCUGCGGACAAAAUCUUGUUGACUGAUAGAGACAAAAAAAAUGCAAAAAAUUGAUGUAUGAUUUAAAAGUUCUUUGAAAAUAACAUAAACUUUGGCAACAGUACAUUGUAAAAAACUUUUAACAAUCCUAGUUUCCGCCUGUACAUUUUUAUGUUCAUUGUACUAUUUUCCCAUACAAUAUCAAUUCAUUUAUAUCGUUAAUAGUAAAACUACUUUACUAUUUGCAUUUUCUACUCAGAUUGAAGUAUUUGUGGGGGCCUUUAAAAAACUACCCGAUCUUAGCAAACCCCCGAGAUUCGAAAUUAAAUAAAAGACUUUGUACUUCUAUUUUCUAUAAUCAGCUUUAAAUCAAAAAAUUAACAGUUUGCAAAAUAUUAAAUGCCGAAAAAUAAACAGUAUAUCGUAUAUCUCUAAAAUGGAUAAUUAUAACACAUCGCGUAUCAUUAAAGUGUUUAUACUGUAAUCCGGAAAUGUCAAACGUGUAUUACAGUAUCUUUGUAACUUACAUUUUACCGGCCGAAGCGGAAACAUUUCCGAUGCUCUUCAUUCGGUAUCUUGAAAAGUUCUCAUUCUGAAUCUGAAUACAAAAAUGUAUUUCGCUAUCUGGCCGAAAUUCUCUUUUCAGCGAAACAUUCCCAGGUUUUGCCGACUCAACAAAACGAUAUGAGCUAAUAUGUCUCUGACGUAAUUAUUAUCAAAACAAACGGAUAAGUAGAAGCAGGUUGCUGUGCCCAUAUUACAAAAAUUUUCACUACCCAGCGCUUUUAACAAUUCUCAAUAACUAACGGUUUUGCAUACAGGGUGCACACAAAACAAGCAACAAUUAAUAUGAUAUUUAAAUUGGCUCAAACAGUAUUAUCGCAUGGAUUCGGCUCAAAAUUUUCAUUUCUGUCGAUUUUACAGGGUUGCAAGACCAAGAAUACGGAAUUCGUUGCAAACUGGCAAUUAGAGACAAAAUAAUUGAGCAAGUGAUGAAUAGGUACUUUUGAAAAUGUGCUUCUUUAUGUAUAGUAGAAACAAUAAGCGAAUACAUCUACCUGGGACAGAUAAUGAAAGGUAACAAAGAAAAUCAAACUGCUGAAAUUACCUGAAGAAUAAGG